GGAAGGGAGGAAUUCAGGGGGGAAAAAGUUUCCCAGAAGUUUGGAUCAGGGAAAGGACGGGAAAACCGAGAGGGGAAGGGCGAGAGGGAGGAGAAAAAGGAAGAGGGAGGAGAGAGAGGGGGUGAAUUAAAAAAAAAAAGAAAGAAAAAGAAAAGAAAAGAAAGAAAGAAAAAGAAAAAAAAAAAGAAAGAAAAGAUGAAGCCCAGUCCACACAGCUCGUGAGCGCCUGCCGGGGUGGGUUGGAAGCUGGAUCGGCGCUCAUGCGGCGAGCAGGCGGCGCUCCGGGCGCUCGUUCCUAGAGGCUGGGGCAGCUGGGGGCACCGGCCCGAGCCGGCGGUCGAGGGCGGGGGAGGACACGGAGGGAGGGCGCGCAUCACCCGCGGAGCCGCCGCCCCAGCUUCGGCCGCGGCGCCGCCGCCUCUCGAGGGCCGGGCCCGGCGGGCGCUCCGAGCGUGCGGCCGCGGGGCUGCCAGCUCAGUAGCGCGGGCGGGACGAGAGCCGGGUGCGGGCGGCUAAGAUGAGUGAGAGGAGAAGAUCUGCAGUCGCCCUGAGCUCCCGAGCACAUGCCUUCUCCGUCGAAGCCUUGAUCGGCUCAAAUAAAAAGCGGAAACUGAGAGACUGGGAGGAGAAGGGGCUGGACCUGUCCAUGGAGGCGCUGAGUCCCGCAGGCCCACUCGGAGACACGGACGACUCGGCGACCCACGGCCUGGAGCCCCACCCGGAUUCCGAGCAGAGCACGGGGUCGGACUCCGAGGUGCUCACUGAGCGGACCUCCUGCUCCUUUAGCACUCACACUGACCUUGGGUCUGGUGCCGCAGGCCCCGUGCCUGCUGCCAUGUCUUCCAUGGAGGAGAUUCAGGUGGAGUUACAAUGUGCUGACCUCUGGAAGAGGUUCCAUGAUAUCGGAACGGAGAUGAUCAUCACCAAAGCAGGAAGGAGGAUGUUUCCCGCCAUGAGAGUGAAAAUCACUGGUCUGGAUCCACAUCAGCAAUAUUAUAUAGCAAUGGACAUUGUGCCUGUGGAUAAUAAAAGAUACAGAUAUGUGUAUCAUAGCUCCAAGUGGAUGGUGGCUGGCAACGCUGACUCCCCUGUGCCCCCACGGGUUUACAUCCACCCGGAUUCCCUAGCUUCUGGAGACACCUGGAUGAGACAGGUGGUUAGUUUUGACAAACUCAAGCUGACCAACAAUGAAUUGGAUGAUCAAGGACAUAUCAUUCUGCACUCAAUGCAUAAAUAUCAGCCCCGAGUCCAUGUGAUCCGCAAAGACUUCAGUAGUGAUCUUUCACCUACCAAACCUGUGCCUGUGGGAGAUGGCGUGAAAACGUUCAACUUUCCUGAGACUGUGUUCACCACAGUCACGGCCUAUCAGAACCAGCAGAUCACCAGAUUAAAAAUUGACCGAAACCCUUUUGCUAAAGGGUUCAGAGAUUCUGGCAGAAACAGAACUGGACUUGAAGCCAUCAUGGAGACUUACGCAUUCUGGAGACCUCCCGUGCGCACACUGACCUUUGAGGACUUCACUACCAUGCAGAAGCAGCAAGGUAAAGCUUUGGGGGGCAGUACAGGUACUUCCCCAACCACCUCCAGCACCGGGACACCAUCUCCUUCAGCUUCUUCUCAUCUCUUAUCUCCAUCUUGUUCUCCUCCAACAUUUCAUUUGGCCCCCAAUACUUUCAAUGUGGGCUGUCGAGAAAGCCAGCUGUGUAAUCUAAACCUCUCUGAUUAUCCGCCAUGUGCCCGAAGCAACAUGGCCGCCUUACAGAGCUACCCUGGGCUGAGUGACAGUGGCUACAACAGGCUCCAGAGUGGCACAGCUUCAGCCGCUCAGCCUUCCGAAACCUUCAUGCCCCAGAGGACUCCAUCACUGAUCUCAGGAAUACCAACGCCUCCCUCGUUGCCCAGCAACAGCAAGAUGGAAGCCUACGGUGGCCAGCUGGGGUCCUUCCCCACUUCACAGUUCCAGUAUGUCAUGCAGGCAGGCAAUGCGGCCUCCAGCUCUUCAUCACCACACAUGUUUGGUGGCAGCCACAUGCAGCAGAGCUCCUAUAAUGCCUUCUCCCUUCAUAACCCCUACAAUCUGUACGGGUACAACUUCCCCACUUCCCCCAGGCUAGCUGCAAGCCCAGAAAAACUGAGCGCACCUCAGAGCACUUUACUCUGUUCUUCUCCUUCCAACGGGGCCUUUGGAGAGAGGCAGUACCUGCCCACAGGGAUGGAGCAUAGUAUGCACAUGAUCAGCCCAUCGGCUAAUAAUCAGCAGGCUGCCAACACCUGCGAUGGCCGACAGUAUGGGGCGGUCCCAGGCUCCUCCUCCCAGAUGUCGGUACACAUGGUUUAAAGAGCAGUCCAGACACCACGGAGGUGAUGGCAGUCAAGACUCCAAGACUCCAGAAUCUCUGUGGGUGGAUCUUCCUCUUUGGGAGCCCCGUGCCUUGGGAAAAUAGGAAUUAUGCGUUUGGUUUUGGUUUUUUUGUUUUCGUUUUUGUAUUUUUCUGGAUAAGGAAAACAGAGAACGGCAAUAUACCACUGAAGGAUCCUUGGAGCACAGCAUCCAUAAUACAGUGGUCAUUCUUCUGACAUCUGAAAUCUUAGUUUCAUAAAAGCAUUGUGUAUGACAGAGUGCCCUUGAAGAGACUGAAUAGUCAUUUUAUAAUAAUGUUGAAGGAAAUGCUAGCAUUCAGCAGUCAAGAAAAGUUACACACAGACACACACACACACAGAGAUACACAUAUACAAACACACACCCCCAUACAAACUUACAUGCAUAUAUUCGCGUACACAUGUGAGUACACAAAGUAAUACAAACACAACAUCCUACACACUGACCCUGAACUGGGUGAACUCUGUGAAGGGAGCCCCAGAAUGGGUGCUUUCACCAAAAUGGUGUCUUUGUACAAUCCUAGAUGGAUUGGGCCAUCAUUAGUCAGUAGCCUUUCUCCCUUGCAGCUUGCCAUGUUUCUGGAAUGAACCGCGUACCUAGAACCUCUCCUCAUUCAGAGAGGUGGAAAGACGUCAAUGUUACAACCGGACUUGGCUUCCUGAGAAAGCUUGCAGUUUUAAACGUUUGGCUUUCUUCAUUCAGUGUGUCAUCAUUGGCAUUGCAAUGGUGCCUGUGGAAGGACAGGGUGAGAGAGAGAAAGAGAAUUGAGGGCAGGAGAGAGUGGACAGCAAGACUGAGAAGAUAUGAACAAAUGAGGAGAUUUAAUUCACCAAGGAGAAUUGUUUGGGUUUGUUUAGGCAUUAGUGUGAUAGGAAGAAUGAUGGUGUUAUUGGAGAAUAAAGCCUCUGUGGGACUCUGCUUAUAGUCAAGGGCACCAAUGAGAAGGGCUAGGACAAGGAAUGUGUCUUGAUUCCACAGCUCUGACCAUAAUGACCCAGGGGCGAGCUGUACCGCAUGGGAGUGCCAUUCUACGGCAUGAUGCUGAGCAGGAUGAGGGAUACAGGUAUUGAGAAGAAACAGUGGUUUCAUCUCCCAGGUGAUACCAAAAACACUUAUGGAAGACAGGCCUGGCCUCACAUGCCAGAUCCAAAGUGCUAACCUGGACAAUCUGCCCCUGAUUCCCAUGCAAGAGAAACCCUGACACACUGGAGAGAUUGGCAGAUGGGUCUUCUGCCCCCUUUAUAUCUGCCUGUACCUCUCCAUUUUGAUCAAUUAGUUCAGUGCAUUCUGAAGUUUGGGGAUUGUUUUUUUUUUUUUUCUUUCCUUUUCCUUUCAAAUCUUAUAAGAGAACAAGUGAAGCUUGGUGCAAGCUAAAAUUUUUAAAUGGUGUGGAAAAGCAAAUGAUACCAAGUAAGAUAAUACAGAUAUUAUUAAGUUUUUUUUUUUUUUUGGUUUUGAGGUGGUGUAGAUAAAUGUAUUUAUAUGCCUAGUGGGGUAUUCAAUAUAAUGAAUAUUAAAAAGGGGGCAAUAAAAGGGUAUGUAAAAUAUGUAUGAAGAAAAGGUGUAUAAAAGUUUGCCCUUAUGCACGGAACUGUUUCUGAGUGCCAAGCACAGAAAGCCGCUAAAUAAAAUCUUUGCAAUUGUU